AUGUCUUUCGAACAAGAGCAGAAGAGGUUAAAACGGUUAUUGCGGAGUUUAUUUGACACUAUUACCUCAGCCUCAGAGUUACCUAAGAGUUACCUCAACCUCAUCAUCAAAAUCUGGAAAUCAUUUUUGGACAAGAAGUAUGUUCCAAAAUGCCCUUUCAAAACUCAUGUUUUGAAAAAGGUUGGUACCACAUCAGAUCACAGUCGACUCAUAAAUCAUCGAUCUUCUUACAAUGGACCAUUCUUGUCAAGCAUCUUGAAGAAACGAAUGACCUCAACAACUACGGGGUUGAAGAAUGGAGAAUUUGAAUUACCAUUACCAGCCUACUCAGCUAAAUAUAUUAAUGUUUGCAAAGCGAAGGAAACGGAUAUUUCAAAAUGUAUUAUGGAAAAUAUUGAAAACAUUAGGCCCAAACUAGAUGACGGCAUUCCAGAGCUGGGAAUUCCUAGUAUUAAUCCCUUAAAAAUUCCAUUUGCAGAACUGAAUAUUGGAAAGGAAUUUAAAUCAUCAAUGAAGGAUAUCAAAAUGUAUGGUAUAAAUACCUUCAUUGUGAAAGAUUUGAAAGUUGAUUUGGACAAUAAUUAUCUAGAAAUCAAAGUAAAUAUACCCCAUAUUCGUGCAGAAGGAGAAUACAACGUUAAAGGAAAAUUAUUAAUUUUGACUCUAGAUGGAAGUGGACCUGGUCAGAUCAAUAUCACAAACCUGGAAGUAACCCUAAUUGGCCACGGAGUAAGAGAAACAAAACACGGAAAAACUUUCCUCAAAAUCUCAUCAAUAGAUAUUACACCAAUAAUAGGAAUAGUAAAUCUAAGGCUCAACAAUUUAUUUAAUGGCAAUCCAGAACUUACUGAAACUUCCAACAAAGUCCUUAAUGAAAAUCAAGAAGUCCUAAAAGAACAAUUCGCUCCUCCCAUUGUACAUAUUGUAGAAGGGUUCAUGUCAACAAUUAUAAGCAACUUCUUCGACCAUUUUCCAAUAGAUAAAUUGUUUCAAUAUGACUGA